AUGUGGAAUUCGGGUUUGAUCCAUAGUGAGAAGAUUAGAGAGGCUAUGAUUUCUGUAGAUCGCGCGCACUACACGCCCUCUGCGUACCUGGCCUACGAAGAUUCUCCACAAUCCAUUGGUCAUGAAGCCACUAUAUCCGCUCCCCAUAUGCACGCCUCUGCUCUCGAAUAUUUACUCCCAUAUCUUGGAGAGGGAAAGAGAGUUUUGGACGUAGGAAGUGGAAGUGGAUACCUAACGGCCGUUAUGGCCGAACUUGUACUUCCCUCAUCAUACUCACAUUCCUCAUGUCGAAAUCGAGCAGGGGCUGAAGCUGAAGGGGAAAAGUGGAAAGUGGUGGGAUUGGAACAUAUAAGAGCAUUGCGGGAUAUGGGCGAGACCAAUGUGAUGAAAAGUGAGAGAGGAAGAAAAUGGCUAGCGGAGAAGAAUGUAGAAUUUGUGGUUGGGGAUGGGAGAGAGGGAUGGAAAGAUCCGGAUGGGGAGGAGGGGUGGGACGCCAUACAUGUUGGAGCCGCGGCGACAGAGAUUCAUGAGGCAUUGAUUGAGCAGUUGAGAAGUCCUGGUCGAAUGUUCAUACCAGUUGAAGAUUCUCGGAGAGGAUUCGGCGGUCAACAUAUCUGGGUCGUGGACAAAGAUGAAGAGGGGAAGGUAUCGAGGGAAAAGUUAUAUGGGGUGAGAUACGUUCCGUUAACCGAUGCCCCGAAGACGGCUUUUGAAUCAUGA